AUGGCGGACAGCGACGAUGAGUUCGAUCGCCGCCGCAGAGAUAAAUUCACUCGCGAGCGAAAUGAUUACCGAGAUCGCAGGGAUUACGAAAGAGACAACUAUGGACGAGGUGGACGUGACUACGGAAGGGAUUACGACCGUAGGCGCGCGUAUAGUCCUCUGCGCGGCGGCAGGGAUGUCUCGCCUCCUAUGAAGAGGAGUCGGUACGAUUCGGAUCAGGGUCUCAGCCAACCGGCCAUGAUGACUUUCAAACAGUUCCUCGGACAACAGGACGACUGCAUCGACGACCAGGACGCCGUCAAGAAAUACGCUGACUACAAGACCGACUUCAAGCGUCAACAGCUGGAGGAAUUCUUCAAAAAUCAUAAAGAUGAGGAAUGGUUCCGAGUCAAGUACCACCCCGAUGAAUGUCACAAGCGCAAGGAAGAAGCUCAGGCCAACAUCCAAAAAAGACUCGAGGUUUACGACAAGAUUCGAGACAUGGGCUUGCUGGACAACGUGACAUUGGACGUCGACAGCAACAAUGACGUCAUCAUACGUCUCAUGGAUACGGUGGCGAUCUUUCUUGAAGGUGGUGACGAGGAAGAUCUCAAAGCUCUCGACGAACCAGAACGAGACGUCGCACCGCAGGUUUUGGAGCCUCUACGGAGGUUCAUAGCUGCCCCUCGUCUGACUCAAUCUCCGAAUAUCAGGUCUGAACCAUCGAAGAAACCCGAUGGUGGAGAAUCUGUCGGAUCCGACAAGGCCGACUCACCCGAAAAAGUCGAGAGAUCGAAGCCCCCUGAAGGUUCUGACGAAUCGAAGAACGGCGAUGAGAGCCAAGAGCCGAAGGAGCCUGAGGAGCCCGCAAAGAAGAAACCAAAAGGCUCGUGGUCUAGCGAUGAUGGAGAAACGGCUAUGGAUGCCGAAGCCAGCAAGAAAUGCGAUGAUAAUGACGAUGGGGAGAAAGAGAAACCGGAAGAGGAGAAAAUCUCGGACAGCCCUAAGACGGACACCGUUCGAAGACCACGCCACCUGCAUCGAACAUCAUCGAUAUUCCUCCGAACUUUAUCCCCCGCAAUCACAAAACAGGAGGUCGAGGCCAUGUGCAAGAACUACAACGGGUUCCUCCGAGUCGCCCUUGCCGACCCGCAACUCGAGAAGAAAUUCGCUCGGAGAGGGUGGGUCACGUUCGAGCGCAACGUGAACACCAAGGAAAUAUGCUGGAAGCUAAAUAAUAUUCGGCUCCGUGACACCGAGCUUGGCGCAAUCCUCAACAGGGACCUCACACGUCGAGUGCGUUCGGUCAAUGGAAUCACGGCUGCCAAGCAGGUGAUGAAAUCGGAUAUUAAAUUAGCAGCGAAAAUCAUUCAAAAUCUCGACACUCAGAGGGAGCUUCACAUGAAGGAUAAAGAGUCGAAGAAUCCUCUCCUCGUUAAUAUCACCGACUAUCUCAUCGAAGAGGCUAGCGCCGAAGAGGAAGAACUACUAGGCGGCAACCUCGAGGAGGGUAAAACUGAGAAUGGCAACUCGUUGGAAAAAGACGAAGAGCUCACCAAAGUUCUCGACCGUCUCCUUCUGUAUCUUCGUAUUGUCCACUCGAUGGACUAUUACGCCCACAGUGAAUAUCAAAACGAGGACGAAAUGCCAAACCGAUGCGGGAUCAUACACGCCCGAGGGAGCAUGCCUACAUCUUCCGUCUCGCCCCAAGAGAUCGAAGACUACGUCACGAACUUCACGCAGAAAUGCGCCGGCUUCGUCGAGCCGGCUCGCCCAGUGUCCCUCGACGAGGCGAAGAAGCUCGGAUUCAAAGAUGAGGACGAGGAGGUCGAGAAGUUCAUGAACGCCAACUGCGAACAACUGGAUAAGGACAAAUUUUUGUGUCCACUCUCUGGGAAGAAGUUCAAGGCUCCCGAGUUCGUCCACAAGCAUAUCCAGAAUCGACACGGAGAAAAAAUCGAUGAAGUCAAGAAGAAUGCGACGUACUUCAACAACUACAUCAUGGACCCGAAGAGACCCUCCCUACCGGAGCAUCCUUCGAAUAGAACCCGCACCGGCGGGAACACCAGCGCUGCGAGUCACGGCCCCGAAUCAAUCUCUCUCGGACCCUAUGGUCACUAUAACGGGCCGAGCCCCUACGGUUAUCCGCCGCGUCCAGGCUACAGCCAUCCCAACUAUCCCGUCCGAGGUUAUCCUCCCCCCGACCCCUACCGUUACGGCGGCAACAAGAGAGGCGGCUACGGUGGAGGGGGAGGCGGCGGUGGCGGCGGAGGACCAAGGGGCAUUCGCGACCCCCGGCCUGUUGUGGCCUACCACGAUUUGGACGUUCCACCUGAGUUUGAUUUAUUCUAGAUGAUCUAAGAGGCCGCCGGAGACAAUACACUGACUGGGAUGCG